CUGCACAAUGUUGAUCAUGGCCCUCUAGCAUGGCUGCAGCCCAUUCACUGAAACACGCAAAAGUAUAACAGAAGAAUAUACAUAUAAGAACUUACACCGUCCCAGACAUAAUUCGGUAUGUUUAUGUCAAUUGUUUUGGUAUCUGCAAAAGUCGUCACAAUACAACACAAACUCAACCACAGAAAAACGGCGCUGAUCACCAUUGUUAUAGUCGGCAAACAUGCAGAAGUAUUUGAUUCUAGCCUGCUGCUUCCUCAUUUUCAAUGCACGAAGAUCUCAAGUAUACAGUAUAGCCUAUCGCAUGGAUGACAGAAAAUAUGACCCGAUUAGCGAUUAUAUAAGUAUCAUACCCGAUGACAAGAUUAUACAAGCAGAUGCCAUCUAUAAAAGAUCAAUGGAAAUGAAUGGCAUAGAUAUGGGCCGGAGAUCUGAUAUAGCUAAUAUACCAGCAGAUGCCUACAAUAAAAGAUCAUCAGAAAUUAAUGGCAUAGAUAUGGGCCGGAGAUCUAAUAUAGCUAAUAUACCAGCAGAUGCCUACAAUAAAAGAUCAUCAGAAAUUAAUGGCAUAGAUAUGGGCCGGAGAUCUGAUAUAGCUAAUAUACCAGCAGAUGCCUACAAUAAAAGAUCAUCAGAAAUUAAUGGCAUGAAUAUGGCCCGGAGAUCCUAUAUGAUGAGGAUAGCAGGACGGAAUAUGAAUAUACAAUCCAUGAAUAGAAUGAGAGAUAUUCCCUAUCGUUCAGACGAUAUUUAUAUAAUGCCAGCAAUAAAAGAUGAAGCCUGAUGAUAAUGUCUAUUGAUACGAGGCAUGCAUCUUUGUGAAUGAUAUUCUAUGUCUACUAUCAAUACAUCUCCCCUAUAGAUUUCCGUCAAUGACAAAUAACAGAUUAGUGCAUACAAUAUAACAAACAAAUCAUUUGUUCAAAAAUAACCUUUUUGUUGAAGUACCAAAGUAAACUUUUUCUUUUUUUAAUUUGCUAAGAUAUCUCUGCAUAGCAAUCAAGUAUUUUUCAACUAUGUUGGUUUCUCACAUUAUCACAAAAUCUACAAAUGAUGAGAAGAGAAGGAAAUGUGAAUAUUUCUUUCAACCAAGAUUAAAUCUCUGAUUGCCUGGAGAUU